GUUUCAUACGCAAACGUACCACACACCUGUGUAAAGGGUGUUGCUGCUUCCAGAAUCAGUACCUGCGGAAGGUCUGUGCUCAAAACACAACUUGAAAGCUGUCGUCUUUGCUGAUUAUAAUCUAAAACAAGGAUUUCCCCAAAAGCAUCAUGGUGAACCACCCCGAGUUUCAGAAGGCAGGAAAGCAGACGGGCCUCCAGGUUUGGAGGAUUGAAAAUUUGGAUAUAGUGCCUGUGCCUCAGAAUCUCCAUGGUGGGUUUUACACAGGUGACACCUACCUCGUUCUCAAUACCAUCAAGCAAAAUUCUGGGAAUCUACAGUAUGACCUUCACUUCUGGAUAGGUGAUGCUUGCUCCACGGAUGAGAGCGGGGCAGCAGCUAUUUUUGCCGUGCAAAUGGAUGAUUUCCUUGGAGGGAAACCUAUCCAGUACAGAGAAGUCCAGGGAUACGAGUCAAAAACCUUCGUGGGCUACUUCAAAUCUGGUCUUAAGUACAUGCAAGGUGGAGUUGCUUCUGGAUUUAAACAUGUAGCUUCAAACGAAGUGGAUGUCAAGCGCGUUCUCCACGUGAGUGGAAGACGGGUCGUCCGGGCCAUUGAGGUACCGGUGAGCUGGGACAGUUUUAACCGAGGUGACUGCUUCAUCCUUGAUUUGGGAAAGGAGGUAUACCAGUGGUGUGGAUCCAAGUGUAACCAGUUUGAAAAACUGAAGGCCACCAACGUUUCCAAAGAUAUUCGUGAUAAUGAGCGCUGUGGAAGGGCAAAACUUGUUGUGUGUGAAGAAGGGUCUGAGCAUGAAAAGAUACUAUCGAUUCUUGGACCCAAACCUGAUCUUCCUGAUGCGCAAGAUGCUGAAGACACCAAGGCUGAUGUUUCCAACAGGAAGUUGGCCAAGUUGUACAAGGUGUCAGAUGCCACUGGAAGCAUGUCUGUCACUUUGGUGUCUGGAGAGAACCCCUUUUCCCAAAGUGAUCUACAGUCAACCGACUGCUUUAUCUUGGACCAUGGCUCCAAUGGCAAGAUAUUUGUAUGGAAAGGUAAGGAUGCUACUAAAGAGGAGCGAAGCGCAGGGAUGAAAGUUGCAGGGGACUUUAUAAGUCAAAUGGGCUAUCCGAAGCACACCGAGGUCCAGAUCAUCCCAGAGAAAGGGGAGACUCCUCUCUUCAAGCAGUUUUUCAAGAUCUGGCGUGACGUGGACCAGACAAAGGGUCUGGGACAGGCUUAUGUGCCUAACAAAAUCGCCAAAAUCAAGAAAGUGCCAUUUGAUGCAUCAUCUCUACACAAGUCUGAGGCCAUGGCCGCACAGCAUGGGAUGGUGGAUGAUGGAAAAGGCGAGAAAAAGAUCUGGCGUAUUGAGGGAUCGGACAAGGUUCCAGUUGACCCAUCUCUCAACGGUCAAUUCUAUGGAGGAGAUAGUUACAUCAUCCUCUACACCUACAAACAUGGGGGACGCCAAGGACAGAUUAUAUACAUAUGGCAGGGUGAGGACUCCAGCCAGGACGAAAAAGGAGCUUCUGCUAUUCUAGCCGCACAGCUUGAUGCUAAGCUUGGUGGCAGUGCGGUGCAGGUGCGAGUAAUUGAAGGCAAAGAACCCCAGCACCUCAUGAGUAUCUUUGGAGGGCAACCGAUGGUGGUCUACAAGGGUGGAACUUCAAGAGAUGGUGGCCAAUCGCAGGCAUCUGAUGUGCGCCUUUUUCAAGUGCGUGCCAACCCUGCUGGAGACACACGAGCUGUUGAGGUCGAUGCCGUGGCUUCCAACCUGAACUCCAACGAUGCCUUCGUUUUGGUGACCCCAUCAGGCUCCAAGCUCUGGCUGGGUCAGGGAAGCAGCGAUGCCGAGAAGAACGGAGCCAAGAAGCUUGCCGGCAUUUUAGGAGUCAACCUUUCUGAGAUCUCAGAAGGAGCAGAGGGAGGUGACUUCUGGAGCGCUCUCGGAGGAAAAGCAGAUUAUCGCACAUCUGAACGGCUUAAAAACAAAAUGGACACUCAUCCUCCUAGGCUCUUUGCAUGCUCUAACAAAACAGGACGGUUCCUUAUCGAAGAGGUGCCAGGACAGCUGACCCAGGAUGACUUGGCUCCAGAUGAUGUCAUGAUCCUGGACACCUGGGAUCAGGUCUUUGUUUGGAUUGGAAAUGAAUCGAAUGAUGAGGAGAAAAAUGAAGCUGUCAGUUCAGCUGGCAAAUAUAUUGAAACAGAUCCUGCCAACAGGGAUAAGAGGACACCCAUUGUUACGGUGAAGCAGGGCUUUGAACCUCCGACCUUCACAGGCUGGUUCCUGGGCUGGGAUCAUGAUUUCUGGAGCUCUGAUCCAUUGCAGCGUGCCAUGGCCGGUUUAAACGUGUAAUCUAGCAUUUUGUUUGUGUUUGUACAUUCUGACAUGUAAGCACUGUAUACUACAAAAAUUGGUGUCAACACAAUGUCAUUUAUUUACACAACCUUAUGUACUUGCUCAUUAGACUGUUACAUUCAUUAAAUCUGUUUAUUAAAAUGUUAAAAAAUGCAUUAAACUAAAAAUUGUACAUUCUA